UUUCUUCUCUUCUUUUCUUUUUUAUUUUGCUUCCUACCCUUAAAGGACCCAAUGUCUACUAAUAAUACUGAAAUAGAACUAACUGAUGAACAAAUCUUACAGUUCGAACAACAAAUCAAAGAUGAAGAAGCUCAAAAAAUUCCACUUGUUUGUCAAGACGAACCAUUAUUAAAACUGGAAGAAGAAUUCAAAGAUAAUGAACCUUUCUUACAAAAAAUUAAGAAUCUUUCUCGAAAGCAUAACAGAAUACGAAAAUGUCGUGGGGAUGGAAACUGUUUUUUUCGAGCUUUUGCCUUUGCUUGGUUUGAAAGUGCACUACACGAUAAUGAUAAAUUCAAAACGGCACUUGCACGACUGAAAAUGACGCCCAAAUUACUAGAAAAAGGUGGAUUUCAACCAUUGGCUUUUGAAGAUUUUUACGAGAUCACAGUGGAACAAUUUGAAAAUAUACCCAAGUAUGCAUCCGAUCCUGAUAUGUUUUUGGUGAAUUUCCAAUCUGAAGAAAUCAGUAAUGCCAUUGUCAUGCAUUUACGAUUUGUCGCCUCUGCUUAUCUACGUGUUCAUGCUGAUGAAUAUGAACCCUUCCUUGUGGCAGAAAUGAUUUCUAUUGAUGAAUUUUGUGCGAUGCAUGUGGAAGCUUUUGGACGAGAAUCGGAUCAUCUACAAAUCAUUGCUCUGGCCAAGGCACUGGAUACUCCUGUGGAAGUGAUUUAUUUGGAUGGAAGUAGUGAUUCAGAAGCUGCUGUACAUGAAUUUUGGCCGGAUGAAUCUCAGAAAGGACAACGACAACCAUUACAACUUAUCUAUCGACCAGGACAUUACGAUAUUCUCUAUUAGCUUAGCUUAGUUUAGGUUUCUACCCAAAAUAAUAAAAAAAAAAAAAGAAAAAAUUUAUUCUCCACUUUUU